GAAAAAUAGUCAGCACAACUAGUGUGUAAAUUAUUUUGAAAACUGUUAGGAUCUUUAGUAUCUGGCACUAAUAUAACCACACCACACUUUUUAUUUACAGUACAAGACAUUUAAAAUUCAGAAAGGAAAUCCAGAAACUUUUUACCCUUUUGUCUUCACUGACACCAUGGGGCUUGAGAGGGGCGCUGAGAAAGGAAUUCAUGUAGAAGACAUCAAACUUGCCAUUAGUGGACAUGUCAAAGAAGGUUACACGUUCAAACCCACAGCUCUCUUGCGUGAAUCGGAUCCUAACUACAACAGUUCUCCUACUUUAGAUGACAAAGUCCACAUUGUGGUCUUUGUUAUUCCCGCCGACAGAGUGAGCAUAAUCAGUGAUAAAACUUGGAGGAAGAUGAAAGAUGUCAGACUACAUGCUCGUGACAAAGGGAUCCCACAAAUAGCCAUCAUGACUAAAAUUGAUGAAGCCUGUCCUGAAGUCAAAAAAAACAUAAAGAACGCCUACAGGAGCAAGUACUUGAAUGAGCAGAUGCAAACAUUGAACGUGAACCUGGGUAUUCCACUGAACUGCAUCUUCCUCGUAAAGAACUACCACACAGAGAUUGAGACAAAUAACGAUGUGGAUUCACUGAUACUGAGUGUACUGAAAAAGAUCAUUGACUAUGGAGAGGACUACCUGAAUGACUUAUAAUCCUGACCUGUAACCAACGUGUGAGGGCAAUAGAAAAUGAAAAUAUUAAGUUACUCUUUGCAUGAUUUUGCUUUGCCAUCAUUACAAUCACAGUCACAAAAAAGUUGAUUUCAUUAGAAACUUUAGUUUUCUGAUUUUUGUGUUGUUCUUAUUUUAUUUAACUUUUUGUUCUUUCACAAAAUAAAUCCAAAUAACCUACUCAUAAAAUCAAUAGAUAUCCUUUUUGUUAUUUACUGUAUGUUCAAAAUGUUAACAGUAGGGAAAAUGACACAUAUAUGCCUGUAACCUGUUGAUUUAACUCAAAUAAAUCAUUUCAA